UUCAAUGAUUUUGCAGGCCUGUGACAUUGAGGAGGAUGGUUUAUUUAGUUUUGACUUGCAUAGUGAUGGUGGAGGCCAAAGACAUCUAAAUGCUGGCAUCAAAAGAAAUGACAUUGAUGAUGUAUUGGGAUCUAAUGGAUCUGUGUUAGGCUUCCCCCCGAAGCAGUCAUCUUAUUCAUGCAUUCAUAUGAAUGGCAAAGAAGUCUUCCGUUUUGCCGUGCGAGUUGUGCCACAGACAAUUGAGUCUUCCCUUCAAAAGGCUGGUCUAAACAUGUCCAGCAUUGAUUGGUUACUGCUUCAUCAGGCAAACCAAAGGAUCCUAGAUGCAGUUGCAACACGUUUAGAAGUCCCAUCAGAACGAGUUAUAUCAAAUUUAGCGAAUUAUGGUAACACAAGUGCUGCAUCAAUACCAUUGGCGUUGGAUGAAGCUGUUCGAAGCGGGAAGGUGAAGUCAGGCCAUACUAUCGUGGCAGCAGGUUUUGGUGCUGGUCUAACUUGGGGCUCUGUUAUUCUUAGAUGGGGAUGAAAAGUUACUUGAACAUGAAAAUCACAGAGGAGAAAAGUUGUUCCGCGGGCAGUUGGUGUUUCUCAUUACAUAUGUCCUGCAAAUGACUGAGGAGGUCGCCAACGCAUAAUCUCCAUUAGCUCUUUUUUGUUUGUUUGGAUUUUUUACUUCAAAGUUGUGGCGCUCCUAAUAAACUUAAAUUAUUUAUCUUCAAAGUCAUAAACAUGUAUUGUUAUAACUUACGAAUUAAGAUACAAUACAAGUACUGUGUUUCCUCA